AGGAAGAAAGAGCCCCGCCCCAGGUCUUAUGACUGGGGCUGAAGCGGCGAUUCCUGGCUUUCUCGGUGCUGUUGUCGGUGGUCACCUGUGCUUUCGCUUUCCCCGGGUCUGCGAGGGUGUUCGUUGGCUUUGCCGGUCGGCUCGACGCCUGCCCUGCGGGAUCACGAUGCGCUUCCGCCUCUCUCCGGUUUCGGGCUCAGGGCUCGUCCUGUGUUGUGUGCUCCUGGGAGCUGUUAAGUCCUAUGCAUUGGAACUUAAUUUGAAAGAUUUGAAAGGUACUUGCCUUUUUGCAAAAUGGGAGAUGAAUUUCACAAUAUCUUAUGAAACUACAACAAACAAAACCUAUAAAACAGUAACCAUUUCAGAACCUCACAACGUGACAUAUAAUGGAAGCAGCUGUGGUGAUGACCGGAGUGGCGCUAAAAUAGCUGUGCAAUUUGGAUCCGCUGUCUCUUGGAAUGUGACUUUUACCAAGGAUGCAUCUCAUUAUUUUAUUGACAACAUCUCAAUUUCCUACAAUACUAGUGAUAACACAACAUUUCCUGGUGCUGCCCAUAAAGGAAGUGUUGAUGUUAUCAGUGCUCAGAGAUUCAAAAUUCCAUUGAAUGACAUCUUUAGAUGCAAUAGUUUAUUAACUGUCACUAAGGAUUCUGUGGUCCAGAACUACUGGGAUGUUCAUCUGCAAGCUUUUGUUGAAAACGGCACACUGAGUAAAAAAGAAUUUGUGUGUGAGGAAGACAGACCUGUCACCACUGCAGCACCCAGCAUUCAUACUACUGUGCCAUCUACUACGACGCCCACUCCAACUCCGACAGCCCCUCCAAAUCCAAAGGUUGGAAACUAUUCCGUUAGUAAUGGCAAUGCUACCUGUCUGUUGGCUACCAUGGGGCUGCAGCUGAACCUCACUGAGGAGAAGGCGCCUUUCAUUUUUAACAUCAACCCCAGUACAACUAACUUCACUGGCAGCUGUCAUCCUCAAACUGCUCAACUUAGGCUGAACAACAGCCAAAUUAAGUAUCUUGACUUUAUCUUUGCUGUGAAAAGUGAAAACCGUUUCUAUCUGAAGGAAGUUAAUGUCAGCAUGUAUAUGGCUAAUGGCUCAGUUUUCAGCGUUGCAAAUAACAACCUUAGCUUCUGGGAUGCCCCUCUUGGAAGUUCUUAUAUGUGUAACAAAGAGCAGGUUGUUACAGUGUCUAGAACCUUUCAGAUAAACACCUUUAACCUAAAGGUGCAACCUUUUAAUGUGACGAAAGGAAAGUAUUCCACAGCUGAAGAAUGUGCUGCUGAUUCUGACCUCAGCUUUCUUAUUCCAGUUGCAGUGGGUGUGGCCUUGGGCUUCCUAAUAAUUGCUGUGUUUAUAUCUUACCUGAUUGGAAGAAGGAAAAGUCGUACUGGUUAUCAGUCUGUAUAAUCAGAUCAGUCUAGUGCUUCCAUUGGCUAAAGGCCAAGGAUCGCUGUGCGUUAGAUUGAUUCAUGGACUGACUUUGGUGAAUUGCAAGCUGGCUUGGACAUGAGCAGUAACUUAAGAAAAUAUGUUAGGACCAGUCUUCCCCCUUCAUUUUCUUCUCCAUUUGUUAAGAUGUAAUCGAAAGAAAACCUACACUUCACACUAUGUCUCUUUAUAAUUUUAAGCAUCUGGAUCCAAUUUUGAAAGCAUUUCUACUGAAAUAUAAUUUUAUAUAUUGUAGUUAGUUGUAUUUUGCUACUUUGAUGUUACUUGCAAAAUCAAAGCUGAUAGAGAAUUUAACUUGCUUCCCAAAGUAAAAGCUUAAAACUUAAUGAAUUCAUCUUGGACAUACAUAAUAAUGAGUUUUUUCACCUUCUUAAGAGAAGUAUUUAAGUCUGUGUAAUACUUUUUACUAAAACAAGGGGGGUCUGGGGGCAUAUCCCAGUGAUAGUGCAUGUAUAUGUGAAGUUCUGAGUUCUACCCUCAUAACUGCAAAAAUAAUGUUUUUAAAGAAAAAAUGUACUCAACAGAAAACUCUGCCUGUUUCUUCAUUACUGUUAGAACGACUAUAUUUUAACAAGGAUUUUCUUUUCAUUUUCUUGUUGGCUUCUGCAGUUGGGAAUGUAUUGAUCAUAUUUAUACUGCAAGAUGAAGCAACCCUGUCAGCGCUGUGUGAGGUGUUGAUUUUGAAUAGACUGUUUUUUUAAGGCUGGAAUUUAGAACUGUUUCCAGGCUUGUAACUUGUUCAGAGAGUUCAUUCACCCUGCAUAACAAAAGAAAACCCCAUCUGUAUACUUUUUGUGCCUCAGUGAGUUCAAAUUGAUAUUUCUAACGCAUUGACUUCUUCCUCUCACAGUAGCACGUGCUAACUGUGGAAUUUAGUGGGCCCUGACGUGCCAUCCAUCAGGUGGCCGCCUAACCAAAGCUCGGCUGGGAUGAUCUUAGACAUUUAUUGUUCUUGAUAGUCUAUCCCUGUAGGGGCCAACUAAUGGCUCUCCCUUAUGGAGUAGGGUAAUAGAGACUACUCAUCUUUAUGUUUGCUGGGUUCUUCAGCCUCUGAGUUUCUUGACGUUUACUACUGUGCAUGUUUAGGUCCCAAAUGUCAGCUUUGCACACCCGAUAUUAGCAUGAGGCAGAUGUUGAUUUUCUUGAGCUAUUUUCUCUCAGUUAAAAACAGAAGAACCCAAAGAUUCACUUGAGCAAUUUUUAUUAAGCCUAAAACAGUGAUCGUAAGUCUAAGUGAUGUUAGUUUGGUAGCAGAUCCCAGGCUCAAGUCCCAAUCUACCUCUCAGCACAGGGCAGCUCUCAACAUUGUGUUGCUCUCGUUAACUGAUACCAGGAUAUUUUGCCAUUAAUUGCAGUUAGGGAAUUGUGUUAAAAAGAAAGCUGCUAUUUUAUCUCUGCGUCCAUCUCAAAGGUAGAGACUUCCAAUGGGUCGAGUACUGGAUUACUCAACCCCAUCUCCUUUAGCAGAGUCAAGUGCUCCAUUUGCUCCAGUAUAUAUAGAAUGGCUUUUAAAAAGAUGUCCUCCAAAAGCUACUGCUUAUUUGUUACUUAGUAAAAGUCACUUGGUACUAUAAAGAACGGUGGCUUCAUUUCAAUACGCAUUUUGGAUGAUUAUCUAGAAGCCUGAUUAAUUAAAUGGACUUUUUGGCUUGCUAAGUAUAUGACUUGAAUGUUCAGAUAGCUUCCAAAAGUAUGGGUUUAUUUAAAACCUUUCUACUUUUUGAGCAGGAAACUAAUGUAAAUAAUUCUUCAUUAGGUGUCAUGGCUUUAUCUUAGAUAAUUAGCAGACAUGUAUUUUAUUCCCUGAGCAUUAUAAUACAAAAUAAUAACAGAAGGGUAGAAAAGCUCCUUCAGCUCCAAUCAAAUAUAGGAGGUUCAAAGUCUGUGAACUGAGUGGAGUGUUCAAUUAGCCUUUCUCCGUGAGUUCAUUUUAUAACAAUACAACAGUGCAUCAGACUAAGGCUUUGAACUCAUGAAUGGUGAUUCAUUUUCCACCCAACCCUCUUUGGGAGAAUUGAUGCUUGCUGCUCUUUCAAGAUUUGGAUUUGCUCAUUUAAAGAGCUAAUGAAUUGGGGAAAAAUAAAGUAUGCUGUGAUAUUGUUUGGUCUCCUAUGUGUGAUUUUGGAUUGAUACAUUAAAGCCAAUAAAGGUGAUGCAUUCUGUGA